AUUUUAAAAUUAAUUAAAUAUGGAUGACUGAUAUUUUAUUUGCUAAAAUGUUAUCGCAGCCAUAUGCUACUUAUUUAUUUUGGCUAAAUUUCGUGUAAAUCAUUUGUCAUGACAGCACUUCUCAAACAUUCAAAUACCAGCUGAUUUUGUUUGAGUAUUUGCUUUAGUGGCAAAAAUUUUGUAUUUUUUUAAGUGAAAUAAUAAAUAAUAAUACAAAGAUGGAUGAGUGCGCUAAUGAUUCUAAAGAGGAACAUUUGCGACUGGCAUCGAUCAUCAAGGACUGUCACGAUAAAUUGAGAUCUCAAUCCAAAUUGAAAGGAAUGAAAAAAGCUUGGAGUGAGCACUUACAGAACACUGCGCUUUUGGAGCAAUACUCGACAGCUAUGCAUCGUUUAGCUUCUAUUUGGGAAACUAACACAACAAAUCCCAAUUUAUAUGCGCGCAGUCGUGUAAAAUGGAUAAUUGACUACUGCAAUUCAUAUUUUUUUACGAAUAAAGUUUUUCUCGAAAAACGUGAUCGCGAACAACGACUGGCGGCAUCAUACACAGAUAUGCCAACAUUUGAAACAAGUGAAUUAAAAACAUCCUUUACAAAUUCUGUAAAUGUACUUGACGUAGGCAGUUGUUUUAAUCCCUUUGCUGGCGAAAGCAAUUUUAACGUCACCGCAAUUGAUCUAUGCCCAGCGACAAGUGAUGUUCUAAAAGGAGAUUUCUUAAAAGUUAUGGUAGACAAAAAAAUAAUCACUGAAGAUGGAGAAGUGCUACGCUUACCAUGUGAAUAUUACGAUUGUGUUAUAUUUAGUCUACUAUUAGAAUAUAUACCAUCGCCAGAGGAACGACUACAUUGUUGUCAAAAGGCGUACGAACUUUUACAUGCUGAAGGCAUUUUGAUAAUCAUAACACCCGAUUCACAGCAUGUAGGCAAAAAUGCGAAAUUGAUGAAAAAUUGGCGCUAUACACUGGGAACCUUGGGAUUUUAUAGAAUCUGUUUCGAAAAGUUGGCACACAUCACAUGUAUGGUAUUUAGAAAAUCGCUUAUUCCAGCAGUCGCACAACGUUGGGCUGAAUUGCAUCGCGAAGAUUACAUGUCAAAGACAAUAAAUAUACCACAAGAUAAAGUGUGAUUAUAAACAUUACCGUUUUUAUACUUGAGUGUAGAAUCAAUCGAUUUUUUUUUCAUUAUUUACUAUCGAAAAUUAAAAAGUUUAAUUCAAUUAUGUAAAACUCUUUUAAGCAUGCCUUUAUUUGUAUGUAUAUACAUACUUAUACAGUUUUUUUUAUAACUUGGAAAUACUAGUUAUUUUGAGCGACUUAUAUUUAACUUAAUAAAUAACUGUGUUUAUAAUAUAUA